UUUGUUUUUGCCAGUAUCACGUGGCAUUCUGUAACCAAAUAACCUUUCUAGACAGAUCAGAGCGUUCCGAACCAAAGAAGAUAUUCCAUAUACCUUUCUUUGAACUGCUGGUUGCUGUGGAUGCAGAGAAGCUUUCUGUAAACGACACUGCGCCAAUGUAAGAAAGGCGCCUUUAACCACCAAAAAAAUAUAAAAAUGCACCAGUGAAAACCGAUACAGCAUAAAAGCGAGCUGAGCGCUGUACGGUACAAUGCAGGUAGGCUGUCUAUCAUUCAGACAGCCUUAUGCAGGGUUACUUCUGAAUGGUAUCAAAACAAUCGAGACACGCUGGAGACCCCUGCUGUCUGAACAUAGGAACUGCACUCUGGCGAUUCACAUCGCACAGCAGGACUGGGAAGACGCGGUGUGGAGAGAAAUGCUCACAGACAGACUUGCGAUGACAACCGAACAAGUCCAGCAACUGGUGGAUCAAGGAGAUAGGUUUGGCAGAGGAGUUAUUGCAGGCCUGGUUGACAUUGGUGAGACCUGGCAGUGUCCUGAAGAGCUGUCUGCUGAAGAGAUGAGGGACCUGGAAACCAAAGCCCUCCUGAACGGCCUGGAGGAGAAGUACCUGACUUUGGUCUCCAAUCCCAGGUGGUUGAGGGAGCCGCUGUACUCCAGGGGGCGCAAGGACGUGUGGACAAUCGAAAUUCCCGAGCGCCUGAUUCCAUCGCCCUGCUCAGUGUGACUCCUGCCUUAAGACAAGCGCUGUCUCCUGGAAUGGGCAUUGAUGGAGCGCCUUUCAUUCAUCCAGGGAGUGCUUUAGAAACUCGCGACAGCGCUCAGCAGCCCCCAUCGUUUUCAAGAACGUCUGUUUAAACUGUCAUGUGCAUUGUAAAUGAAAAGAAUACUGUUGAUUUUAAAUAGUGCUUGCCCAUGCGUAUUAAACAGAAGAUUUCCUGCCAUCUGAAGCCACAGUGCCGAUGCUCCAAUGAUGUUGUCUUGAGGGUGGCUGCGGAUUCCAGAAUGCAGGACUCCAGUCUCUGUCAUGUGCAAAGUACAGUGGUAUUCAGGAUACUAGAAAUGGUGACACUUAUAUAAGCAGCCCUGUGAGGGGUUCUUGUGUAAAUGUGCAAUACUGACUCCACCACUAACCAAGAGUAGUCUCUGAUUUUGACUGUUUUUACCUGUAUAUGGAUCGGAGAUGCAUCAUAGUUUAAAAUGAAUGGCAUAUUAAUUUUAUAAGUGGUAUGAUGAAACUGUAUAAUGUUCUUGGGGCAGGGGAGUCAUUAUUAUUAUUAUUUUAUAUUUUUCCCAAAAACUUGUAAUAAGCUCCAGGAACUAAAAUCAAUGGAUUUUAAAAAGAUCUGCUUUGAAAAUGUUUUGGGGACUUGCAGCUAAUAAAUGAAUGAUCUGCUGUGCUUGUUUAAAGAACCACACUAAUUGAAAUAAUAACAGAUACAUCUUAAAAAACAACAGCUUCAUAUGAGGUAUUCAGCUUGUCACAUGCUUUGUCUGUCUGGUCUCUCAGUUGCUCGAAGUAGCCUUUACAAAACAACAAGAAAUCAUCGUCUCUAAAUGGCUAACAGGCAUAACCAAAAUAUGUCAGAGUCUUUGUGAUCUCCUGACAAGCUAUUUCACAGUAAGACAUUCAGAUAAUGAAUGAAUUGCUCACUUUGUCUAGCCUUGGAUGGUUAAAGAUGUUUUCAUAUUUCUGUACAGGUAAAUUACAAACUGCUUGUAUAGAUGAUGUAAAUGUUGUGCACGUUUAUUAAAAAAAAUACUAAUAAAAAGCAAUACAAAAAAGAGUGAAA